UUCUUGAUUUCUCCAUAAGCCACUAUGAUGAUAUUGAUAAGUGCCACUCUAUAGUCCUUUCCCAUGGCCUUUCCCUUUUCCUCACCUCAAGGCAAGGGCAACGGCAUGCGGCAACGGUCUUUCUUUUUCGGCAUAGAACAAUAAGGUUACGUCUUUUAUUAUUUUAUGUUUUCGGUGAGUGGAAUCGCAGGCCGAAGGUUGAUCGAACAUUUUUAUGUUCCUCUUCUAAUUAUUUAACAUUUCAUGUCGGUAGACCCUUGUAAAAAGUUCGCCUGUAAACUUCAGAGGUGCCUUGAAGACCGAUGGUUUCAGGAGGCAGAAAUGACCAAGCAGAAAAUUAGAAUUUACAAACCGCCACCUAAAUUUGAUCCUCUGGGUCAUCUGCCCUGGUAUAGCCGAUUUUAUCAUAGGAAUAGCUCUAGCAUAUUAAUUCUCACAUCUUUAGCUUGCACGCUGUAUGUAUUUGAGAAGUUUAUCAUUGAUUUGCGGAAUGCACCAAACGCACCGACUGAUCUUUGGAAAAUCUCAAAUGAUGAAGUCUCCAUUGCCAGAAGAAGAUUACAAGCGCAACGAGUGAGACAACUUGAAUUAGAAGAAAGCAGAAAAACCUGAACAAUGGAUGUUAUCAAAACAGCUAAGGACCGUCUGCGCAAGUAUCCCAAGUUUUUAAGCCAAUGUGGAACAGAAAGUAUGCAAUACGCUCAGUGUGUUCUGAAAAAUGAAGAUGAACUUAAGAAAAAUAUUUGUGCUGCUGAAUUUGAUAAAUUGAAACAGUGCCUCAGAAACGCUGCUAUGAAAGGUGGAACUCGACUCUAGACUCUGUGUUUGCUAAUGUUUUCUCUACUCAUAUCUGACUCUUUUGCAAAAUAAUAAGCCAAAACUUUAAUAAAUUGAAAGGCUGUCAAAGUCUAAUUUGUGGCAUGUUUUCUCCGUUGCGAUAACUUUUUUAAACUGCUCGCUGCUAGCUUCUUUUUUUCUGCUGCUAGUAUCUGCUGCUCUUGCAAGCUUGAACGGAAGUAGUGUCAGCGAAGUACGUUCUAAUACUCCAGUUUGAACCGUUGUCAUCAAUUUUAUUCGUUGGAGUUCGCAGGAAGUUUGAUUGUGCACUUAUCGUUGAAUCACUGCACCAUUUUCUUCCUUGAUUGAUUGUUUUUCAUGUACACAUUUUUCAUUUAUCCUCUUAAACAUGUUUGUUGUUUCUCCUUAUUUCCGGAUCAUUUUAAAUCAAUUUAUGGAAAUUGAUGUUAAAAUUUUUGGCUUAAAAUAAAAUGUUCAA